AAGAACCCUAUCGUAGCAGCGCCCUUUAUCUUUUCUUUCUUUCUUCCUUCUUCCCUGCGUCGUUCUUCCUUCUCUUCCCUGAGUCUGUCGGACAAAACAAUAGAUUGAAAAAGUGAUAGAUCUAAAGAUCAAAGGCUGGUGGUUUGAUCUAAAGAUCAAAGGCAGGCAGAAGAAGAAGAAGAAGAAAGUGUUUUCAUGUAAAAAGUCAACAACAAAAAAUUCCCUGUCCGUCGAACUAAGGAAAAACAAGUCAGAAGAAACUCCAAUCAAAGCAUUGGUGGCGUGGAGUUUUACGCUCCUUUGACGCUUUUUCUUUGCUGGCAAUUCUGAUCUGCUGCUCCGACCUAAUUUGUGUACCUGCGGCGCAUUAGUCAAGCUAGUAACGGUUCUACAUUUUUGCGAUAAAGCUCGAAGUGAUUUAUUUGCCUGAGAAGCAAUUAGUAGAUGGCUGAUCAAGUCUUAGAAGGAAGCCAACCGGUAGAUCUUGCCAAGCAUCCCUCUGGAAUCGUGCCUACACUACAGAACAUUGUAUCUACUGUCAACUUGGAUUGCAAGUUGGACCUCAAAGCAAUCGCUUUACAAGCUCGUAAUGCUGAGUAUAAUCCAAAGCGUUUUGCUGCCGUGAUUAUGAGAAUAAGGGAGCCCAAAACAACUGCGUUGAUAUUUGCUUCUGGAAAGAUGGUAUGCACCGGGGCUAAGAGCGAGCAGCAGUCAAAGCUUGCAGCAAGGAAGUAUGCUCGAAUUAUACAAAAGCUUGGGUUUCCAGCGAAGUUUAAGGACUUUAAAAUUCAAAACAUCGUCGGAUCUUGUGAUGUGAAAUUCCCCAUUAGGCUCGAGGGGCUGGCAUAUUCUCAUGGUGCCUUUUCAAGUUAUGAGCCAGAACUCUUCCCAGGUCUGAUCUACCGAAUGAAACAGCCAAAGAUUGUGCUGCUUAUUUUCGUAUCAGGCAAAAUUGUUCUCACGGGUGCCAAGGUUCGAGAUGAGACAUACACAGCCUUCGAGAAUAUAUAUCCUGUCUUGACUGAGUUCAGAAAGAGUCAGCAGUAAGAUAUGGUAACUGUCUAGUUCUGUUAAGCCGGUCUCUUUGUACUCAAAUAGGAGGGGAUUAAGUUUUUCCUCAUGCCUAUGCCGUUGCUUCAGUUUUGUGGAAGAUUCACUCCAGUUGUAAAUAUAGGGUGAAAAGGAGACCACAUCACCGGCAAUAGCAAAUAUGGGAGGAUAUGUGCGGGCGUCAUGGCUUUUUUGAUGCAUCCGAUAAGUUAUGAGGAGACUUUCGAGUGUAAACUACAUUUAGGUAGCGAUCAAGCUGAAGGGGAAAAA